CACAAUGGUUCACAGGUAAACAGAUAAGUGUGUACAGGUGCAAAGUUCAGCAUCCCUCCCUCCCUCCCUCCAGCAUCAGCACCACUCCGCAUCCUGCUGAGCUUUCGAACGGUCCAAUCCGUCCAGUGGAGGGGGGGGACGCCAUCUUGUUUGUUUUAGUCGGAGGAGGGGUGGAAAAACAGCCACCAGCAGCAGCAGCGACACCACGGCCGGCAGAACGAGGACAGCACAGCACGGCUCCGGCCUGACGCCUCCCCCUUUCCCCCUUCCCUUGUGGUGAGAAGGCGCUGCAGAGACGAUGUUUUAUGCCCACUUCGUCCUCAGCAAACGUGGGCCGCUGGCCAAAAUCUGGCUGGCGGCCCACUGGGACAAGAAGCUGACCAAGGCACACGUGUUUGAGUGCAAUCUGGAGAGCAGCGUGGAGAGCAUCAUCUCACCCAAGGUGAAAAUGGCUUUACGAACAUCAGGGCAUCUGCUGCUGGGGGUGGUCAGGAUUUACCACAGGAAGGCCAAGUACCUGCUGGCAGAUUGUAACGAGGCCUUCAUCAAGAUCAAGAUGGCGUUUAGACCAGGAGUGGUGGAUCUUCCAGAGGAGAACAGAGAAGCAGCCUAUAAUGCCAUCACGCUGCCUGAGGAGUUCCAUGAUUUUGAUCAGCCACUACCAGACCUGGAUGAUAUUGACGUUGCUCAGCAGUUCAACUUGAACCAGAGCAGAGUGGAGGAGAUCACCAUGAGAGAGGAGGUGGGCAACCUCAACCUGCUGCAGGACAAUGACUUUGCUGACUUUGGUAUGGACGACCGCGAGAUGAUGCGGGAGGAGAGUGCGUUUGAGGUGGACAUCAUGGGAGCAUCAGCUUCCAACCUGCUGCUGGAGGCCGAGGGUGGAACUAACCAGAUGGCUGACAAGUCCAACCACCUGGAGUACGAUGACCAGUACAAGGACGACUUCGGCGACAACCCAAUGGAGAGCAAUGAGGGAGGCAUGCUGGUGGACAAGCUGCUGAGUAACGAGGAUGGAGGCGGCAUCUUUGAUGACCCUCCUGCCAUCACAGAGAGUGUGAUGAUGCCUCAGGACCACGGAGAUGAUGACGACGACUUUGACGCUCUCUCAGCGGGAGCCCCAGAUAGUCCGGAUUCAGGCCCAACAGAACCCCUACCAGCCAUGGCAGACCAGACAGAACAGACCACUCUGGUUCACAACGAGGAGGAAACCUUCGCCCUGGAGCCGAUUGACAUCACUGUGAAGGAGACCAAGGCGAAACGUAAGAGGAAGCUGAUUGUGGACAGUGUGAAGGAGUUGGACAGUAAAACCAUCCGUGCACAGCUGUCUGAUUACUCUGACAUUGUCACCACACUGGAUCUGGCGCCUCCUACCAAGAAGCUGAUGAUGUGGAAAGAGACUGGAGGAGUGGAGAAGCUUUUCUCUCUCCCUGCUCAGCCCCUAUGGAACGCUAGGCUGCUUAAGAUGUUUACAAGGUGCCUGACUCCACUGGUACCAGAUGAGCUUAGGAAGAGGAGGAAGGGUGGAGAGGCUGACAGUCUGGAUGAGUUCCUCAAGGAUCUGGAAAACCCGGAGGUGCCCAGAGAGGAAACAACAGCACACCAGCAGAAAGAUAUCAUGGACCAAACCAUCAUGGAAGAGGCCAGUGUUCUGCAGACUUCAGCUGUGGAAGGCAGCAGGACAACGCUAGACGAGUCAGCCAUGCCCCCUCCAUCCUCCCAACGUGGCCUCAAACGCAAAGCCCAGGACACAGAACCAGCCCUGCCUAUGGGAGCUUUGGAUCAGCCACAACAGCCACAGCAGUCACAGGGGUCCAGAGCCUCUAAUGUGUCCCAGCAACUGGAGCCAACCAAUGUGGAUCUUCCCCCAGAGGAGACCACUAACAUCAGCCAGUUGAUAGAGUUGGAUCUGCUUGGCGACAAGGACAAGAAGAAGAAUGAUGACGACUCUGAUGAAGAGGAGGAGGAGGUGCAGGGAGGAGAUCAGGACCAGGAGGAGAGGCGGUGGAACAAAAGAACCCAGCAGAUGCUUCAUGGCCUUCAGAGGGUGAUGGCUAAAACAGGCGCCCAGUCAGUCAGCCUGUUGGAUCUGUGCAAGAACAACAACAAGAAGCAGGCGGCUGCUAAGUUCUACAGUUUCCUGGUUCUGAAGAAGCAGCAGGCAGUGGAGCUUGUCCAGGAGGAGCCGUACAGCGACAUUAUAGCUACGCCCGGACCUCGCUUCCACAUCAUCUAGAAAACAUAAGAACAACAACUCUACUCUGUUCUUUCUGCAACACAACAGUUAGCAAAUGUUUUAUUUAUUUAUUACACACUAUAGAAUAUUGAGUUUUAUCUUGUCUGCAGUAUUUUGAUGUUAAGCAGUAGUGAGAGGAAAAGUCUGAAUAACAUGGUUGAAUUGAGAGCUUUCUUCCUUGAGGAGGAUUUCAACUCCAAACAAUAGACACUUUUUCUAUUUGUUAUUAUUUAUUAUUCAUUUAUUUAUUGGCACUUUCAUUAUUGAGACUCACUUUAUCACAAAGUUAAUAUUAAGUGAGCUCAGUGAAGUGAGUGUGGAGUUGCUGCCUGCUCCACACAGGUUUAAAAGACUGACAGGCACUUCUUCCCUCCUGAAGCUGUUGUGUUGCACUGGUUCCAAAGUAAAGGAGCCUAUUUGAAGGUAAGUAUGUUUACACAGUGAUAACUCAGUCAGUCAUGUUACUCUGAGAGUCGUCUGUCCCACUACUGCGUGAAGAAGUUCUCAUGUACGCCGACUUUAGCCAAAAGGAGCAUGCACUAUAUCCAGUCUGUGCAAGAGAACAUUUAAGCCGUUACUGUAGUGAUUUGCAGCCUCAACCAGCAAGUAAUCAUUCUAUGACUGUAGAGUAGCACUUUAAGAAUUACAAACUACAGACCUGCUGUUUCUGAACACGCUUUGCUUGCACCAUCCACUGUUUGCACCUCACAGCAAAACUAUAGCUGUGUCCCAAAUCCACACUACACGUGUCACACUAGAAAAGUGACAAAAUACAGUUAGUAUGCAUACUAAACACACUUUACAGCUCUGACAACACAAAAUGUUUAACUUUUUUUUAAUUGGCAAAACAUUAAAACACUGCAGUUUGAAUAAUGAACAAUAACACACCUAUUGUGUCAUCUUGUACACUGCAAAACUAUAUAUAGUUAGUAUAUACUUUGGAAUUGGGACACAGCUUAUAAAAAAAGAGCCUCAGAGCCUAACCCUAUAGAUGAUGUAAACAUGAGUGGUCGGCCAUAUUUGCAUGAUCUGUCCUGAAAUAUUUCAUAUUGGUAAGAAAACAUUUUUCUGAACUAGUUGCUCUUUUAUCCUUGAAAUGACAUUAAGUAUGUGACACAGACUGAACUCAUCCAGUGUCUCUUUUCUAUAUGGAUAAUCAUUAAAUGAUUGUGCUCAGUGUCACUUCCUCGGUAA